UGUCUCUAUCGUUCUCUCUCUUCCCCCCCUGCUGCUGCUUCCUUGUGCUAACGUUACGUCGGUGUCUUCGUCUUUCAGAUUCGGGUCUGACCGCUGAAACAAAAGUCCUAAUUCUUAUCCAGGGCCGAAUUCACAGUUUUGCCCGGGUCUCUGGAGAGAUGAACAACAACGGGAACAAGAGAGCUCCAACCACAGCCACUCAGCGACUUAAGCAGGAUUACCUCAGGAUAAAGAAAGACCCUGUGCCUUACAUCUGUGCUGAGCCUCUUCCCUCCAACAUCCUAGAAUGGCACUACGUGGUGAGAGGUCCAGAGAAAACUCCUUAUGAAGGGGGUUAUUAUCACGGAAAGCUCAUAUUUCCUCGGGAAUUCCCUUUUAAACCACCAAGUAUCUACAUGAUCACGCCCAACGGCAGAUUUAAGUGUAAUACAAGGUUGUGUUUGUCCAUCACAGACUUCCACCCAGACACGUGGAACCCGGCAUGGUCUGUGUCCACCAUCCUCACGGGUCUGCUGAGCUUCAUGGUGGAGAAGGGACCCACCCUGGGCAGUAUCGAGACCUCGGAGCACACGAAACGACAGCUCUCGGCCCAAAGCCUCGCCUUCAACCUCAAGGACAAAGUCUUCUGUGAAUUGUUCCCCGAUGUUGUGGAGGAAAUCAAGCAAAAACAGAAAGCACAGGAAGAGUUAAACGCCCGCACUCAGCCCCUCCCCUUACCUGACGUGGUGCCAGACGGCGACCCCCAGCAGGCUCAUUACGGCCUCCCCGUCCUUAAUGGAGGUCCUGUCCCACUCGGGGGCGCCAACCCCGCCCAGGGCCUGCAGCAACCCAAUCGCAACCACGGACUCCUCGGCGGCGCGUUAGCCAACCUGUUUGUGAUCGUCGGCUUUGCCGCGUUUGCCUACACGGUCAAGUACGUGCUGAGGAGCAUAGCGCAGGAUUGAGGGCCGGACAGACGUCAAGUGGACGGGGACGUCACGGAUUGUGGAGGACAGAAAGCAGCCCACCCAGGAAGGACUUUGAGGUGCAGGGGGGGGAACCAACGUGGCUCAUGGGUUCUGGAGGAGUCGCGUCUUUUACACCGCUGUUCAAUAAAUUGGUCGUGUGGAGAGACUUCGUUUUUUCCAGCACUAUUGGCAAACCUUUCCUUCUGCAUAUCAUUUUUCUUUGUUUUAGUCAGCGUAAGGUUUACACAAAAAAGAGUGAGACCACGGUCGGAGAUUGCAAUGACCUACUGAGGCACAUAAAUGUUUUUCUCCAAUUUUUCUCCUUUUUCUUAUCUGACUGAUGAUACAUUUCUGUCAAAAGUUUGUGUUUUCUUAAGAACAAAAGUAAAGUCUUGGUAGGCAAAAGUAUGAAGCAGGUCUGUGCCUGUGACCAUCACAAUGCCGUUGUAAUGAAGCGACAGCAGCUGACACGUCAGCUCCCUCCAGUCAACCCGUGAGCCCAAUCAGAAGUGAGUCGGGACCAGCGCAGUUUGGAAUUGGUUUAGCUGACCAUUCAAGCAUCGUUCUGUACGCCCCGAAUAAGGAGGCACGUGAGGAGGAUCAACAUUGAGUUCUGUUUAUUAUUAUUUUUUUUUCCCGAUCAAUUUUGUCAUUUUAAUUUAUAGACAAGUUUGGAGUGCGUAGUCGGACGACGCAAAGUGUCCACCUGACUGCUGUACAUUGUACCUUUGUGCAUUGCGUUUAUUAGUGACGCUAGUGGACCUCUUUUUCUCAGCAGCGAAACUUCAGAAAUAAACGAAUCAUAAAUGGACUGCUCUUGUCUAAUUGUAAAGCAAAAUGGCCCAGUUGUCACGCUUCACUUGUUUCUAUUUGUAAAGUCGAGGCAAAUAAAGGAGCCCGCCUGCCAGAGCAGCCUUUUCAAAAACAGAA